CGCGCCCAGAGGUCUGCUGCCAUAGAUGUUCUCUAACAAUUCGCAAUCCCUCGUCCACCUCCCCGGGAAGCCGCAGCAGGACCACGAGCCCCAGCUGCCCAGGGGAGAAUGCGGCUUCAUCCUGCCCGAGCCUGAGCAUGCCAACGGAGGCCGCCAGCGCUGCCAGUGCCGCAGUUUCUACCCAGACUCGGUCGUCCGCUCCCGCUGCGGAUGCGGCCAUCAGGCAUGGAGCCACGAGGCACAGCCUCUGGCUUCUGUAUCGUUGCAGGAGCAUAUUGAAGUGGUGGAGGAAGUCAAGAGGUUGAGAGACGAGCUGAAGAGAUUCGCGGUGAUCGAGCAAGAGCUAGCCAAGGAGAGGAUGAUGCGGGAGGACCGGGAGCGGAUGUGGAAGGGCAUCGAGGAGAGACUGUAUAACAAUAUGCGUUUUCUCAAGGUGCAUCUCGACGACAAGGUUGAAGCCGUUGUAGACAAGACGCAGGAAUGCCACAACGAGAUCAAGGCUGUGCAGGAGCGGCUGAUAAUAGUGGAUGAGUCGGCCAUGUCGCUGGAAGACAGAGUUGAGAGGCUGGAGUUUGGAAGAGGCAGCAUGUCGAGAUCCAUGACACCAGUUGUCCAACCUGCCCAGACACCGAAGCAGACGCCCAAAGUUCCACACACCCCCAUUCCACAACUGCCUCAGCCGAUGCAGAUGCAGACCAUUUCUGAGCUGCCGAUACGGACCGAGAAAAGGUACCCCCAGAUGUGGAGCACUCGUGUCAUAUUUGUGCCACGGAGAGCACAGCGAUUCGCAUACGAUCCCGACAGCAAUGGGUACCGGCGAUGCCAAUCGCGAAAUCUACAACAGACCCUCGACUUCUCCAGCCAAGACAGCGGUGCUUUUGUAAACGGCGUGGAGGCCUCGUUCAAGGGCAUUCUCCGAGGGCGGUCAUGGAUGCCGCUGACUGGACACCGCCCUGACGACGAACCCUUCGGACGCAUGGCCUUGAGGCAGCUGCCUAGCGAGUUCUGCACGAGGGACGUGUGGGACUACCCCUUUUUGGAGGACCACUGCAUCGCACACGACAAGAUGCAGGGUGACGUCCUGUACAUUGCACUGCAGUUUGAGGACGCCACCUGGCACGAGAUCCGAUUUCUUCCCCCUGUUCUGGGUGCGGAUGAACUGUGCUGGAACCACGACGAGGAGCUUGACGGCUCUAUCAGUGGUUUCAAGAGCUUAGAUACGGAGCUCAUGUACGACUACCAACAGGAUCCUCCGCCAUACUCGUCGCGUCUCAGCCGCGCAAGCGUGGACAGGACGCCGUCCAAGCUAGACGUUCUGGCUGAUUCUGCGUCGAUGCUAUCACGAGUGGAACGGACAAACACUGCAACAACAACGUACUCGUCGGAGCGCAGCAGUCUCCGAAGCUUCGAGACGGAGGGCUCCGAUGACGAGCACCGAGACAAGAAGCCGAGGAUGCACAAGAAGGCAUCGAUGCCGUCCUUGAGCGGCUCAUCGUCGGCAUCAGCACCCGUGUACAUCUCUGGCAGAUCGAAGAGGAAGAUCACGGUGCGCGAGAAGGGCCCGAAAGAGCCUCUACAUUUCAACGUCAGCAACGUGGCCAAAUGGAGGCCAAACCUCUUGCACCCGACCCACAGCAAGGAGAAAGCUGCCGAUACUCAGUAGGCAUGGGCCAGCUCUUUCAGCUUCGAAGAACCUGUUUAAGCCUUCACGCCACGACCUGAAUAGAGGUAUUCAAAGCCUACUUAGGCCAACACUCAUUGUCAUUUCCUAUGUAAUCGCGGGCGUUUAAAAGCCCAUUAGUCCUCCCAGGUUGGAUACCCCACGGCGUUUGGAGAAAGAUGGACGGGUUCCCUAUUAUGGACGGUCACCCCGAGCGUCAGGGCUACAGUAGCUGCAAGACAGCUGCGCGGAAAAGAUUCCCUUUACUGUACUUGGGCUGUAUCAAUAGCAGGAUCUGGGUUAGAUAGAAGGUCGAAUAUAGUGGUAGAGACGCGGUGCUCCCAAUUGAAACAAUUGAUACUCCACACAG